CACAAAAUCACAUCCUCACAAGAACUUCCAUAAAAAGUUUCUUCCAAAACUACACUCUUCCCAUUCUCUCCAAACUUCUCUCUUUCUUCUUCUUCUUCUUCUUCUUCUUCUUCUUCUUCAGCAAUGCCUUCUCCGAGCAUCGACAUGAUCGCGGAGCUUCUCAAGACUUGUUCUUUAUUCAAGCCCAACCACUCUCACAGAAACCCCAACGCUCCUCCGCUUCCUCUUCCUCCGCCGCCGCCUCAAUCCCCACCGCCGGAUGACUCCGAUCCUACCGAUGAGAACUCCGACAUCACUCUCGAUCUCAACUCCGACAUCUCCCUCCCUUUCAACUGGGAACAAUGCCUUGAUGUUCGCACCGGGGAAGUUUACUACAUCGAUUGGAAGACUGGGAUGAGAACCAGCGAGGAUCCACGAAAUUUCAAUGCCCUAGACUCCUCGAUCUUCUACUCCUCCGGUUCAUCCAUCUCCUCUUCGUCCGGUGACGACGAGGAUGACACUCAGGACACCGCCUGCUCCUCCUCCGUCAUCACCUCCCUCUCCUCCAACUCCUCCAGCGACGCCACCAGCGCCGCCGAGCCUACCGUCCUCAUCGCCGCAGGCUGCAAGGCUUGCUUCAUGUACUUCAUGGUUCCCAAGUGGCUUCACGUUUGCCCUAAGUGCGGCGCAGCCGGCCUUCUCCACCUCGCCGGCGACUCCUUCACCUAAACCCUAAAAGCAACUCAAAGGCGCCACCUUUCCUCCAUUUUCCUCCACAUUCUGUGAGAAAAAUCCCUCCUUUUUUCCUUUUCUCUAUUAUUUCUUCUCUAUUUGCUUCUUUUCACUCUCUCUCUCUAUCUCUCUUUGAAUUUCUCCAUUUUAUACUCCAUCUUUUAAUCUGAAAUGUUUAUCUAUAA